UGUCCUCUGCGACGCGCAAAACCACCGGAUAGAGAAACGCACAACAUCAGAGUGCAAAGCUUGAAAGGCUGCUGCUCUGGAUGGACUUGGCAACGUGUAAAAGCGAAUGAACAUUCAGGAAUAAUUCAGGAAAAUAAUCCCACUGGUUUAUUACCAGAGCGACGUUCGGCAUAAGAAAAGGAUACAAACAGCACAGAAGUGAGAGCGGCGAGAAGAGAGAGUUUCAGCAGGUAACGGCCGACAUGCAGCACUACGGGGUUAACGGCUAUUCUCUGCACGCCAUGAACUCUCUGAGUGCAAUGUACAACCUCCACCAGCAGGCCGCGCAGCAGGCCCAGCACGCCCCCGACUACCGGCCCUCCGUGCACGCGCUCACCCUGGCCGAGAGACUGGCUGACAUCAUCCUGGAAGCUCGCUACGGAUCGCAGCAUCGCAAGCAGCGGCGCAGCCGCACGGCGUUCACCGCUCAGCAGCUGGAGGCCCUGGAGAAGACCUUCCAGAAGACGCACUAUCCCGACGUGGUGAUGCGGGAGCGCCUGGCCAUGUGCACCAACCUCCCUGAGGCCAGAGUCCAGGUGUGGUUCAAGAACCGACGUGCCAAGUUCCGCAAAAAGCAACGCAGCUUGCAGAAGGAGCAGCUGCAGAAGCAGAAGGAGGUCACGGAGGGCGCACUGGAGGAAGUCAAGGGCGAGCCUCCUGCCGCCGGCACGUCCGACGCCCACACGCCUCCCUCCUCGACCUCGUCCCCCUCCGAGGCAGAGGGGCCUCCGCACCCCCUGCCGGCAGAGCUUAGCGUGGAGGUUAACGUCACCUCGGCCGAGCAGUCAGGCAGCGAAUCGGCCACAGAGGACAACACAGACAAGGAAGAGGAACCCAAGGGGGACAAGGGGCUGCUGCCUGGACACAAGUCACCGCCCUGCAAAAGGCUGAGCCCUAAAGCAGAUUCUCCGCUUGGCUCUCCGGCCAUCCCAUGUUCCAGUGGCAUAAAUGGUGGGAUAGCGCAGAACCACUCAUACUCCUCCUCCCCGCUCAGCCUCUUCCGUCUGCAGGAGCAGUUUCGCCAGCACAUGGCUGCCACCAACAACCUGGUGCACUACUCGUCCUUCGACAUGGGCACGCCCUCCUCUGUGCCCUACCUGGGCAUGAAUGUCAACAUGCCGGCGCCUCUGGGCUCGCUGCCCUGCCAGCCGUACUACCAGUCCCUGUCGCAUGCCCAGCAGGUUUGGAACAACCCACUGCUCCAGGCCUCAGGUGGUCUGCCCAGCCUCAACAGCAAGACCACCAGCAUUGAGAACCUUCGACUCCGUGCCAAGCAGCAUGCCGCGUCACUGGGCCUAGACACACUGCCCAACUGACCCCACAGGACGGUGGCCAAGCUGGCAGCCAGACCGACCCCCCCAGCCUCAUACCCAAGCCUAUCAGCUGGAUCCAGGACACUGUCCCAGUCUCGCAACUCAUUGUCUUCAACCUUACCCUUCUGCACUGACUGUACACUCCCCCUAUUUCAUCUGAUAACACAAACAUAUUAAUGAUCACAAAAUAUUGCUAUGAAAGCUGAGAAUAUUGCCCUCUUCAAAAAAUGAUUAUUAUUUCUGCUCUGCAAUUAGCUACUUUUCGUGAGGCUUAUUCUCUACUGUGUUGUAGCUCACAAGACCAGGCCUCAGUUAGGAUCCCCUCCGCUUUGUACAUAGCCAGUCCUGUUUGUUCCUCCUAUCCUGGUUAGCGAGUAUCAGUUAGUGUUGCCUUCGGUGAAGAAGAUAUAUCCCCAUUUGAGACAUUUCUCCAGUGUUCAUAACAAAAAAUGACACAAUUAUUUAAAUGUCAAGGGAAAUCAGACCCAAAAUGCAGCCAGGCGAAGCCAAAGGACACUAAUUUCUAGUCCUGUUACACUGGAAAACCAGCCUAGCUGCAUAUCUGUUGAACGCACCAUCAUAAAUCCAAGCCAUGUAUUUCCUGGUUGUCUAAUUAAAUGUAACUAAUUUAUCUGUUUUACAGCCGGGAUUAAAACCACUUACAUGGAGAAUGACUUGGUAAUGAGAAAACAAUUUCAGUACUAAAUAUGCGAGCUCUUAAUUACAUUUUGCCUGGGGUAACAGCAAAUUAUGCCAUUAUGAUAUUAAGCUGUGCGUAACUUUGAAGUCACACGUAAAUGUCACUUAUUGCACAAAAUGAAUGCAGAGACGAGCCGCCCCUCCAAGUCUGGUACCACUCCGUGGAAUCGAGUGGAAAAGGACUUAAGGAUAUAAAAAUUAAAAUUAUUUCAGCAAUUAUGGUCACAGUCAUAUAAAACCAAUUAAGUUAAUGAAGAUUAUAAACUUAUUAUGGCUACACACAGUGCUGAGAACCCUCUGGAAGCUCCACGCAACAUCUUUAUGGGCUGAUGGACAGCUGAAUGCAGCCACUUCCUCUGGGGACAGGAAGUUCCCUAUGAAGCACUUCCUCUGGGGACAGGAAGUUCCCUAUGAAGCACUUCCUGGAACCAGGUCUUAUCCUGCCAUGCCUGUUCUGCGUCCGUCUCUCCUUGUCAAGGACCCUGCGUUCAUCAACAAAAAUUAUGUAAAUUAUUUUAUAUGUAAAUUAAGAAGAAGAAUCUUUAUCUGUAAAUGUUAUCCAAUAAGGGAAAUGUAUUGUCAUCAGUUGUUGUAGAUGGAGAAAACUCAUUUGGAUGGGUGAUCUUGUAGCUGUUCUUAGUAAGAUUGUAUUGAGUUGGCAACAGUCUGCACCUUACCCUCUGAACUCUAUAAAUACAACUUUGAUGUAUCUGUAAGUACUUCUAUUGAUUUCCAUUGUGACUGUGGUCCUAGGGAGGAAUCGUUAUGUUAACCACAGGGUCGUCACACCAAGUGACAAAUUCAUAGUGUAAUGGGGUGGAAAUAUAUUUGAGCUCAAAAGGUUUUCCUAACUUAAAGUAGAUUUUCAGAGUAAAAUGUUGUAAAAGAAAGUACUCAAUAAAACAUAAUUUGAAGGUG